AUGCUGUGCCAUUCGCAUGACGUGCGUGCGAUCGCCAUCGACAACACGAAGAAAGGGCGAAACACGCAAGUCUCGGCAGGAGCCGCCGGCAGGCUCUUUGUCUCCAAGCCCCUGGAGUCUGGUCACGACAAAGCGGCGAGACCUUUCCAGUGCAGCAACUUUUCACCUCUGUUCCAAACGGCAUCGAUUUCGGAAGACAGCCGCCUCGUUCUCUGCCAGAAGGGGCAGACGCUUGAGCUGUGGUAUCUGCCUGAGCCGGACGACGCGCCGAGCCUGGGAGGUUCGGCGCGGGCCCCCGAAGGACAGCUGUUGCUGACGAUCUCCUUGGCCGGCAAGUCGAUAGGACCUGACGGAACCAAGAGAAGCGCAGACUAUCUCUGCUCCUCCGCCAUCUCCCCGGACGGAAAGCGGGUGGCGGCCAGCGAUAUGACUGGCACUCGGCUAUUCGGGCUGAGUGUGAGCGAGCUCCAGGUUCAGCGGGCUUCGCUGCCCAUCGAAGUGGCCAGAAGCGCAGCGCGCGCUCUGAAGUUCUGCUCGCCGAAACUGCUUGCAGUGGCGCCCUGGCACGGGCAUGUCAUCCACCUGCUCGACUGCAAGGAGAAGAACAUUAUUGCAACAUUUGAAGAUCACAAGGCGCCAGUUGCUUUGCUGGCUGCCGGUGGGCCAGGAGGGGAGUGGUUGGCUUCAGCAGAUCUGGCCGGAGCCGUCAACGUCUUUAGCCUGGAUGGUCUCUACCACCACGCCUCCGUUCCAGUUGGACAUGGUGCGGCCACGGCAAUGGGAUUCGACAGCUCUGGGAAGCACUUGGUAGUUGUCACAACUGCGCAUGUGGUAACGCUGUACGACAUUGAGUCGCAAAGCCUGGCGAGCGACAUCGCCCCCUUUGACAUACCAAAGCGGCAUCUGGCAGUUCACGCGCGCGUCUGUGGCGUUGCCACUUUUCCGGAAGCCCCAGACAAGCUGCUUCUCUGGGGCCACAACUACCUGCUGGCCGUGAAUCUCAAGGCAAGACAGGCAAGAGACGACUCGUCGACAGAGCCCUACACCUGGCGCCUUUGGGCAGGAAUCCGCCAUGUCUUAGCAUUCUUCGGACUCCAGAAGCCCUGGAGCCUUGCCACAGACUCCGCUGCAGUUCGCAAGCGCAAGCGAGGAGAUGACGAUGCAGAAGCGUCCCUUCUCCCAACGGGUCUGGCAAUGGAGGUCACCCCAGAGGCCGCUGAGGCUGGCCUGCCCACGCCUUUCGAGCGGAAGAAGUUCCAGAAGCAGGGGCGCCCAAAGCAGAUCGACAGAGGACCAGAAUUCUGA